AACCCUCCCAGUUAGACUACGGUAGGGGCUAUGGCUGUUGGGCGACCGGUAGGGGAAUUUGGAGUUGACUAUAUUUGGGGCUGGCCGGGGGUUGGUUUGCACUCUCAGACGCCUUUGCCGUACCCAGAUCAUACCGCUAUGCUGUCAUAGUGCCAUUGCUUUACGGUGGAAGAUAAGCGUCAGUUACAAGUAGAAAGCGAUGAACCAACAACGACUCGGUGGGGUAAUAGUAGAGCCUAUCACUUGGGCUAACCCGCUCCAAGCAUGACUGUUCAAUCCAGGCCAUGGCAUGAGGUGGCUAUAUUCGUGCGACGGUGGAAACGACAAGGCAAGAAUGUUAUGUUCAACCUCUGAAACGCCCGACUCACUGCCUCGCUUCGGGCAAUGUGUGCUCGGACGCUAUGAUGGUCGUACUGUACUAGUACGGUACUCGAGUGGGGCAUUCUGCCGGAAUUGCACGUUUGCCUGACUGUGCCGGUAGAGUAAGGGCCGUUAGCCUUGGGGGGAAGGUGAGUGAGUGUACGGUAUGAUACGGUGCGGAGCUCUUCCAGUUACAGGGGUUUUUGCAGAUCAGUAUUAUCAGUUCAUUGCUUGUGGGGGCCGUUCCAACAGAGCUUUAUAAACCACCACCCUACCCCACUACAAGCAACUGUCACCCCGAAAAUCAUUAGAUACCUCGAAUACGACAAGGAAGACUCAUAACAACAUGGACUACCCCUCGCUCCACAAGGCUGGCUUUCUCAACGUUGACUUCUCCCUGGGGGAGGAAAUAUGGGUGUACGCCCGCCUCGUUCAGGCCUUCCUCUCCGCGGUUCUCGUGAUCAAGACAAUUCUACACUUUAUGUGUGGCUGGUCCCCGAGCAUUUACCCUAUCAUAAUUACGAACGGCGUUAUUCUGAUGUACACAUCUCUCUCGCUGUACCUCCACCGGAGACGAACCCUGCUCAGACAGUUCGGUUUCUGGUUCAUAAACGGACACAUGGACUUCGUCGGAAUGGUAGGGUGCAUCGUCACGGCAUGCGCGUGUACUCUCAGCGGCCAUCUUAGGGGCGCGCUGUGCAGCCGCAGCUGGGGACGCUGUUCCAACCGGGGCUUCCAUAUCGUAUGGAUGUCAUUCUUGUGCAUCGCAUUCGCCCUGUCUGCUACCAUGUGCUUCUGGCUCCACUUUGUCGGUGGCGAGGGAAGGAUCGCUCUCCCGGCCCAUGAUGAUUCCUCAUCUCACCAGGCUGUCCGAAGUUCUUCGAUUGCGGCUUUGGCGGUGGCUGUCCCGGGAACCCGAUCUAUGAAUCCCGACGCGGUGGUCCGAGGAGCGGUCGACUACAUUAAUACUCUCCGAGGAGAAAUCAGGAUGCGUGGAGCCACCGGCACUUCAAAGUCCGAGGGAGCCUCGUGGGAAUCGAGCGGCACCGGCACUAGUGUCCCGAUCCCGGAUUUGUCGGCGCAGUUGAGUGCUAUCACGGCUAGGAUUGAAGCUAUUGAAAGUUUGAACAAUGGUAAAGAGUAGAAUGCACGCUACUGGGGGUCCACAUGAACAUUCACCUUCACGGAUAUUCGUACCUUACGAUCGGGAUCCUCUCCACACUAUCACACCCCGCAGAAUUUUGGAUGUGGAAAUCUCAAUAAAGUUAUACAUGAUUAUAGGAUUCGUUUUUAUAAUAUUAUACAUUCAUCCUCUA